CCUGUACUGCGAGGUAGGGCUUGAAGCUAGAGAAGGUUGGUGGCACUAGUAGCAUAAUCAUGGUGCUGGCAGCAUGCCUACUAACAAUUACUCUAGGAUUAGUUGGAUGUAGGCAUGCUUCUAAAAGCACUCCAACUCCAGUAGCAGCUCAAGGGCGCGAAGCAGACAGAUUUCCACUGAAUCUCUGGUUUCCUCAACCAAACUUUGCUGGAAGAUCUAUCAGAGAAUCGGGUCUUGGAAACUUUAAACCGUUUACAAUUAAAGAUGAUAUUAAAAUACUCAACACAAAUCUAGAAGAUAAUCAUGUAGAUUUUCUUGAACACCAAGCUGAAAAUAAAAGAAAUUCAGAAUCACAAAACAGAAAGAAAAGUAAGUUAGGCGCAAAAAAGAAAAAACAAUCUAAAAGCAGUUUAAAAAAAAUGUCCAAAACUACCGCCUUGAAAUACAAAAUUGCUAAAACUCCUAGUAGACUGAAAACACCCAAAAGACUGAAGAAAAACAAGCAAAGGAAGAGGUUAAUAAGAACAUCCAAAUUGCUUCCAAAAAGAUCGAAGAAAAACAAGCAAAGGAAGAGGUUGAUAAGAACAUCCAAAUUGCUUGUAAAGCAUAAGAAAGGUUCAUCCAAUAAGAGAGGAGGAAAAAUACAAGUAAAACAAAGUAAAGAAGUUUUAUAUCGACAAGUUACAGCAGCUUGCUUAAUAGACAUAGAAGCAGUGUAUCUUUAUGAAAGAAACCAGAUGAAAAAUUUUCUACAGCAAAGUGACAGAGUUAAAAGAUCACUAAAGAUUAUUGAAGGAAAAGCAGCUAAAAAGGUGAACUUUGAUGGUCCUGCUUCCGGUUUAUUAAAAUGGUUGGGAGGAAACAAGAAUAAUCCGCUUUGUCUAGGAUCUACUAAAGAAAUUGCAGAGGGGGCAGAGAAUGGUUUCCGAACUUUAGACAGUUGUCAGAAACUAAUAGAAACUUCAUGCUCUGUCGACCCAGCAAAGUUGGAAAGCUUUACCUCAAACUUUACAUUAUGCGAGGAAACCUUUCUUAAUAUCACAGAGAAAAUCACGAACUGUAGAUUAGCGACUUUAUCAGAAACUCAGGACAUCUCAACACUAUGCACCUGUUGGGCAGACAUCAAUGCGGAUGUUGAAGAAAUUAAAAAAGUCAAGUGCAACGGUGUAAAUGCAGAUACACUGGUUCGGAUGGAUCGGGGAAUAUGUAUUCGAUACUUUCAGACUUGUAAACAGGAGGAGGACCUUGUUACAGAGUACAUUUUCAACUGCAGUGGGGGAGCCUUGCCUGGAGGCAGCAAUGUCCCAUCAGCAGGUAAGUGUCCGGGUCCGUACAUAAUGUACAAAGGCUACAUAGUGUACAUAAAACAACAUUUUCUCUCUUGAAAUUAAAAUGGCGACGAGGGCACGUGAUCUCCAGUCAGCUGUUGGAAUCGUCGAGGAUGCAAAAGGUAAUAUUUUACACUUGAAUAUUUUUUUUUCUAACCAAAGAUUAGAUUAUGGACAAGCUCUUGUAUAUCUUCCGAACCCUCACUGGCAAUACAAGUUCAGCAAAUUUGAUUCUUCCCUGCCAGGAUUGUUGAAUUAACUAUUUUGCUGCCUGAAUUGUGAAUUCUCAUUAUAUGUAUUAAAGCUAAAAUGUCACAAUGCUGUAGAUUAUUUUUAUUUUAAAUAUUUGCAUUAACAACAACUGUGAUCUGAUUAAUAUUCUACAAAAUAACUCAUCUCUAAAUAUAAUUUGUUCUUUUUA